AGUCGCACCAUCAGUUCACAGUAGGUCAGACCGACACUAGCAUCCAAUCUUUCUCGUCAGUCAGUUUAUUUUCAGUAUCCGUGCCGAGUUGACACACAGCCGCUGUGCGUCGCAGUUGCCAGUUGAAAAGGCGUAUUUUUACGUGCAUCAACAUCCAACAGAGCAUCGCAUAUCAGUGCCACACAGCGCAGUCUGGUGAUUGAAAGGAUGAUGGGCUUUUGCAUUCAUUGUUUGUACAGCCGAGCGUAACACUGUCUGUGUGUUUUGAGUAAAAAAAAAGAAUCUGAAUAGAAUCAGUGGCCUGCAGGCAGUGCGCAACAUCAGCUUAGCGUGUCAAUGUGUCGAUGUAAAGCAAAUGAUUUUUAGUGCCAGCAAAAGAUAAAAGCAUAUUUUUUGAAACAUAACGGAGAAAACACUUCAUUUGUAUAUCGUUGAAGGUAUUGCUGUUAGUCACAAUUUACGACAGUCAUCAACCCGAAAUCGACUCUCUCCAUGUUUGAGUAUCUUGUGUAUGCACAAUUUACAUAGUUACAUCAAAACUGAAGCAAGUGAAUCGAGAUAAUACAAAUCGAGUUGAGAAAAACAAAUGAGCGGAAAGUGUAGUUUAAUAUAACGAAAUAAACCACCCUAUGCGUGCGUAGUGUAGUUAUUUAUCACAGUGAUUAAUACGUACAGCUAGUUGGUGUGUACACGUUCGUCAGUGUUAGUAGCGCCAUUUGGCUAAUCGCUAAAUUUAUCGAUCGUCUGUGAAUGUUUGCACUAGUUUGCACCACCCCUUUGGAUACUUCGACUUUUUAUCAAUAGAUGUUGAGCAAAGCUCGAGUUUUUAUAAUCUACACGACCAAUACGUAACACAUAUACUAAGCCACCCAUAAGCACAAAAAAAAAACAACACCCAGUGGACCACAACCGUAGACAACGAGUAGUUUUUUGUAUUUUACUACUAAAAAAUAUAAAACAUAGACACGUAGACCACGUAGAUACGCCCCGUCCUGGUCCGAUUACGAGAAAAUGUCCCUGCAGAAUGAUACCGAUCCGGCAACGAAUUCGGGCUACGGUAGCUCGGACGAAACCGCCUCGCUGCUGGUGAUGGCCGGCACCAACAGCAGCAGCACGACCACAACGUCCGGCUCCAGCAUCAUAUCCACCAUCAACAAACCCAGAAUGGCGUCACACUCCUCGUUUAACGGGCCGACGAUGGCCACGGGUCCAAUCGCGGGCCCGAGCAGCAACCUCAACCAAACCGCACUGACUACCACCGCCGGUGCCGUCAACAAACCAAUCCUCAUCCGUCAGGAUCGUACCUCCACCUAUCUAGCCAGUCCACAGCUCUCCGCCACAGGACUGGGCGGCUCGGAGGAAAGCGCAACCGGUGAGGAUGACCAACAUAAUGCCCGCUCAGUACCGGACAUUGAGCUGCACUGUCGACUGGAAGCACCAGCCAUUGCCGUAUCCGCUUCCUGUCACAGUGAUGGUGGAAGUGGUGGCCGGAUCGCCGUCACAGAACGAGCCGCCUCUACCGGUUCCGGGUCGGGCGGCUAUCAGCUGAUUCCGUAUAACAGAUGUCGCGCCUGUCGUAACUGUGAUAGACGUGCCUCAACUACGCCGAUGUCUUCGCUAAAGCUCACGCGCUCCGUAUCGAAGGAAAGCGUCCGGAGCGCACUACACAGCCGCCUCACCGUGCAGCACUCAACGAUACCGCCCGUGCUCAUCACCUCCUCGCCGACUUCUGGCUCCCGCAUCAUCCGCCAAAGCUCACAACCCGAGGCAAGCACCUUGUCCUGCUGUGCGAACCAGUGCGCGCAUGCCUGCUCCAUGCCGAGCUCGUCAUUGCGGCAGCUUCGCGAACCAGGCGACGGUAUUGCCGGCAUAGCGGCCGACUCCAUGCGCAUCAACGGUGGCAUGCGGCAGUUCAAACAGCUGGUUGCUCGCAGGCGCGAAAAGGAACAGGGUGUGCUACUCUGCCCUCAGACUCUAUCGCAAAGCCGGAGAUCCCGCUUAAGGCGUGCCUUCACAGAGGCUACGAACGAGAUGACUUACGCUAGAACGCUCCGAAAGCCUGUGUCCACGUUGUCGAUUCCCGGCUCGAUGAAGACACCGUGCGCCGGUAAUCGGGAAACAGUAUCGGCUGCAUGCACAGAAGAAGCUGGCAUCGCGCUCGUGGGCGUACACUCAGAGUAUCCCAGGUACAUGGAGGAGCGAGGCCUGGGUGGCGGCGUCUGCAAAGGUCCCGGCACGAUACAAGGUGGCCCCGGUCAGAAGCACAAACCCAAUGUAGGAUACCGGUUAGGCCGGCGGAAAGCACUGUUCGAAAAGCGGAAGCGCAUCAGUGAUUACGCCCUCGUCAUGGGAAUGUUCGGCAUUAUUGUGAUGGUGAUAGAAAACGAAUUAAGUAGCGCUGGUGUAUAUAAUAAGGCAUCUUUUUAUUCAACCGCUUUAAAAACGUUAAUAUCCGUAUCGACUGUGAUUUUACUAGGGCUCAUCGUAGCCUACCACGCCUUGGAAGUUCAGCUUUUUAUGAUAGACAACUGUGCAGAUGACUGGCGAAUAGCGAUGACCUGGCAGCGAAUGAGCCAAAUAUCUUUAGAAUUACUAAUCUGCGCAGUACAUCCCAUUCCAGGUCAAUAUUAUUUUCUAUGGACUACCAAAUUAGCUAAUAAGAACAAAGCCAUCGGAGGUGAACUAGUUCCGUACGACGUCGCGUUAUCUUUGCCAAUGUUCCUUCGUUUGUACCUGAUAUGUCGUGUGAUGCUGUUACAUUCGAAACUAUUUACCGAUGCCUCGUCACGUAGUAUAGGUGCGCUAAAUCGAAUCAAUUUCAACACUCGAUUUGUGCUGAAAACACUAAUGACAAUAUGCCCUGGGACGGUUUUACUAGUGUUCAUGGUUUCACUGUGGAUAAUCGCAUCGUGGACACUUCGGCAAUGCGAAAGGUUUCACGACGAGGAACAUGCCAAUUUGUUGAACUCGAUGUGGCUAACCGCGAUCACGUUUCUCUGUGUCGGUUAUGGAGACAUCGUCCCGAACACGUACUGCGGAAGGGGCAUCACGUUAACCUGCGGAAUGGUGGGUGCGGGCUGUACGGCACUGCUGGUGGCGGUCGUCUCCCGGAAGCUCGAGCUGACACGAGCGGAAAAGCACGUGCACAACUUUAUGAUGGAUACGCAGCUCACCAAGCGGUUGAAAAACGCUGCUGCCAAUGUGCUUCGAGAAACCUGGCUCAUCUACAAACACACCCGUCUGGUGAAGCGAGUCAAUCCCGGGCGAGUACGAACGCAUCAGAGAAAGUUUCUGCUGGCCAUUUACGCCCUACGAAAAGUUAAAAUGGAUCAGCGUAAGCUCAUGGAUAAUGCUAAUACCAUCACCGACAUGGCAAAGACGCAAAACACUGUGUACGAGAUCGUAUCAGAUAUGUCAACCAGACAGGACGCUCUGGAGGAACGAAUCACCAGUCUAGAGGACAAGCUAACAUCCCUGCAGACACAAAUCGAAAAUCUUCCGGAAGUGUUAACGCGAUGCCUGACGCAGCAUCAAGAGCGGGUGGAUCAGCGCCGUAACUUCCUGCACCCGGAUGCAGCGGCCACGGGCUCGUCGUCUGGUUUGCCGACGCCGGCGCCACCCCUUGGCUCGCCGCUGAUGUUGCCGCACUCCAGUUUCUCUUUUAGGAGCGUACCGUCGACCUCGACACCGGCCUACCCGUGGCCGGCCAGCCCGAUCCUACCGCCCAUCUCGAGCCGAACACCUCAUCUCGUGCCGGAAACCCUGCUGCCACCGUCGACGACGAGUGCCCCGACCGGGGUGGGGCCAGCAGCCUCCUCCUCGUCCUCGUCGGUGGCGCUAGUGCCUACGACGGCGAACUCCUCGUUCGCCCACAGCUUCGGCACACAGUCGGCGUACGGUAACGUGGCACCUUCCUAUGCCGCUCACCACAACAACAGCAACGCACAGUCAUCCACCGGCGAUACGCAUAUAGGCAGCCACCGGACAAGCAGCUGAAUCGAGCUACCCGAUCCUAACCAUCCCCCACUUCCUCCGCCACCGCCGGCCGCGUCCGAAUCCUUCCAUUCCGACCUGUUCCUAUCUUCCUCGGGCAGCUCGACCAGCUGCUACGCCACACCUUCGCUCGCCUCGGGAUCGGUGGCCGGAACGGGCAGCAAGUUCACCAAGCAACGGGAACGUGCCUCCCGGUUCUAGUAUCCAGCAGUGCACAGCGCACCCGGUAGUACCGGGUGGGCUGACUAGAAACAUAACUGCUACAUAGCCAGAUUGCUGAUUAGGGAGGAGGAAAAAUAACGAUGUGAAGGUGACUGCGGUUAAGGAUAAAGUGUUGGGCCGGACGGUGGCGUACGUCACUAAAAGGAAAAAAGACUACUUAGGUAUAUAAUGGAUUAGUUUAGCGUUACAGAGAAAUAGAGGGCAACCAUUGCCCAUUGCUGACUACUGCUUUACAGAGUCUGCCGUAGGACAGCAACUGAUAGAGGUGCAUAAACCAAUUUACUAACAUAGUGUUUAAUUCAACGAUAUAGGAAAUAUGGACAGUGGAAAAACUAGCAACAAGAAUGCACCUUACAGUCAAGGGAGCGAGAGAAAGAGAGAGAAAGGGAGAGAGAGAAAGAGAGAGAGAGUGAAGGAGCGAGAGAUAAUGUGUAUGAGCGUGAGCGAGUAUGAGCAUGAGGGAAGCGUUUGUACUUAGUAAACGCUAGAAUUAAUAACACCGACUCAAUUUUCAUGACCGAUCAAAUCGACCAUGUAGCAAUUCGAGGCGUGACAGCAUAGAAUUUCCUUAGAUAUUUUCUCAGCAUUAGCAAAAAACACUUGUGAACAAAAGCGGACCUUACCUGAUAUGUAGCCCGGGACAGAAGAUCACAGCGGCUAUCAUUAUAAAGGAGAAUAGAAUAAAACGGUAACGUUUAUGUUGCCUUAAAUUACAUAAACCAUACUCCACCUACUCCACCUACACCAUUGAUAUACACAUGUGUUUCGGGACUAGUUACGAAUUUAUCGAUCGUCGACGAUUAAUCGUGUCACACAGUCACAAGUAGUCAGAUGUCGCAGUCGUACGAAUAAUUAGUAGAAUACACUGACAGCGCUUAUCGGUGCAAACGAUCAUCCCACUGGAACACCCUGAAACGGUUUCGAACAACAUGAUUUCAUCCGAUAGCAAGCAUGUAGGUGCAAUAGGGAUCUGUAGCAUGAUAAGACAUCUUCAAAAAAGACAACGCAUCUCAAACCAUAGGAGCUAUACAACAUCCAGUUGCAUCGGUACACGUGAACUGCUAGUACUGGACUGUUGUAGCGGUUCUAAAGUUUGUGUUUGUUCUUUCUUUCCUCUCGAACGAAUAUGAUAGAACCCAAUAGCUCAUAGGCUUAAGGCACGAAAUAUUAUUCUGGAUGGUUGAAUCAAAUACCAAACCAAUGCAUAGACGACACUGCAGCAGGGUCAGCCCUUAAGAUGCUUGAAUGGACAGCUAACACUGGCCUUCGGACUGUCCAAUAAAAGAGCCUUGCAUCCAGCACAUCGAAAGAUUUCAUCUUUUUCGCAUACGCAUUUCAAUGUUAUUGUUCUACACUGGCGGGAAAGUGUAGUAUUAGUGUUAAAUUUUAUUUAGUUUAUCAAUAGCAAACGAGAUCUGCCUGUUGCCUAUGAUCUUCUCUGAUUAGUCAGUGUGCAUUUUUAUACAACGAAGAACACCGAGCAAGAUUAAGAUGCUAGCGAGUGGCGGUGAUUCGUUGAAUAUAUCGUUAAUAUUGAUUCUAGCCACUAUUUUUUUAUUAUGACCAAAUCUCUAUCACACUGCGAUAAAAUUGUUCCAAAAAAAAGCUAAUAGCAGUACUCAAUCCUCUUCUUCUACGCUGCUUUUAGUAUUGUUUAAAAUCCCUCGUUACUUUCGAAUGAUCACAAACAAAGAAAGGCAUACCACUUUUUGUAAACUCUACCGUAUCGUUACAAACGACGCAGUAGUUUACAAGGUGCAAAACAACCCAACAAAGCUUUAGCGUGAAUUAUCUAAAAAUGCAUUAAACUCUGUAGCGGAGUAAUCGAGCGAACGUUUUUAGUCCGUCGUAGUACACUCACACCAUGGCGUAAUGUGAUAAACGAUACAACAAAAAAUCGUAGCAAAAGAAGGCGCAUCAUCUGGCGUCUCGUAUUUUAUUCGCAAGUUUUGCCAUAUUUUCAAUAAUAAUGGUCCAAUGUCCGGACGCUUACCCACGAUCGAUGCGUUUGUGUAGAACCAAUUUGGUAGUGUAGAACAAAACGAAUAUUAGGGAGUCGAUUUAAUAAUUCUUAGCCAAGAUUACAUGAAUCGUAAAAGAAACAAAAGCCUACCCAGCUGUAUAAUGUUAUUGUUUCAAGCAUAUCUACCCAACUUUAUGUAUUGCGUUUUAGAUUCCUUUUUGUUUAGGAAAUUGAUAUUCAGGUAAGCGUUUAGGUAGAAUUUUCCACCCUGCCUUGCUGCUGCGAUGUUACUUAAUUUAAGUGCCUCGCUUGAUUGCCAAGCCAAACGAUAAUGUUACUAUAUCUUUUUUGGUUUUGUUUUGCGAUCCCAUAAUGUUUUCUAAGCCUUCUUUGUAUAUCCAUUUUUUAAACAUUAAUCUUUCAGUCUAAGAGACUGAUCGACCAAACUUGAUCCAUCUUUCGUUUAAAUUUCCCAAAAAUGUUUAUCAACACAUUUUUCGUUCUCAUCGUUUUAAAAUGUCCCCAUUGCUGGCUGUGCACAAGAGAGUAAAAAAGCUUUAGCUUCUUCGAACAAAUGAUAGCAUAACUUUCAUGACCAACACAUACCACGACGGCACACACCUUGGAAUGGUUUGCGAAAGUUUUAACGCAAUUUGAAAAGUAGCAUAAUUUGAUAGGUAAACGGUGCAUCAGUGUGUAUUGAAACAAUUAAAAUUGAAAGAUUUGCAAACAAUCUGAAUGGUUUGCAAAUUUUUAUUCGUUUAAAAAUUAAAAUCUUAGAUCACAUCUACGCGUGUGCUUACACUGCACUUUCCUAGCAAACAAUAGAUCGAGCCAGUAAACAGAAUAAUAGUAAAUCAAACCAAGCACAGUUAUGUAAAGACGGAUUGGAUGUUUUGCAGCAUGCGUUCAUAUUUUGAAACGUUUAGAUUGGUACAAUUUUAAAGACCAAAUAGGUUGCAAUAGGCUACAGAUAAUUAUUAAUUUGCUAAAAAUCUGUCUUUUAUCAUUCUUAAGAUGCAGUUUUUUGGUUUGUCGGUUGAAUUUAUUAAUUGACGAUACAUGCACAGUUAUAUUGCAGUACAGUUCUUGUGCGUUCCGUGAGCUUCAAUUGUUACAUAUUAGUCAAGCUAAAUAAACCCAAUAAAGAAAAUAGUUAAAUAUAAAUCGAAAAAAAUGUCUUGGUAAUAUUGCUUUAAAUAAUGUAACGGUGGAAUCAAUUUACCCGUUUUGAAUACAGCCUGCCAGAUUGCAUUGAGCUUGCACAAAUUCACCAACAACUUGUCCACGAACAUUUUUCAUACAUAUUGUAGCUCAAACUGAAAGUCAAACUGAUUUCCUUUCAAUAAUUCUCACAAGAUAUCCACAUCUACAACGCUUAUUUUGAUACCGGCAUAGUUUAUGUUUUUUUUUCGUUUUUCAUUUGUUCGUUCCUCUCUGAGGGUGUGUGUGUGUGUUCGCCAAAUGCUCUAAGGUAUGGUUGUUUUUCAAAAGUGCGGUAAUUAAACAUAGAAAUACAUAGAGAUAAUGAAUAUCGAGCAAGAGAGAACAGAAAAAAACCUAGGUCGUUCCUGAGAAAAAAAAAGAUUUUACAUUCAUAAGGAUACGUUUAAGCUAUAUAGACAACCAAUUACAGUUCACAAUUCACGAGUAUAUGUACCGCCUGGCUAAACGUUCAACGCCCAUCUUUCCGGACAGUGAAGCGUUACAAACUGGAAACUGUGUGCCGAAAAUAAUAAACCACUUGCAUUGAAAUAAUCGCAACACUAACUGCGCAUUUCAACGAGAUCGUACCAUCAAACAGCUGAUUAAGGAACCAAACUGUAAGCCUAAUGUGUGCAUGUUUACUCCAAACCGAACAUCGUGUAGUGUGUAUCAUGAUGAUGAAUAAAUUAAUGCGUAUUGCGUUUCGUUCAUGCACUGCACCAAAGAGUGCAACGUUCUUGGAAAUAGAACAUCACAGUACCGAAACAGUGCAACAUGUUAGUAAGGAGACAUGUUGGUAUAAUCUCUAAAAAAACAGCGAUUAAGUUUCGUAUGCUUCAGUUCCGGUUUCAGAAAUCGGGUAUUCAUGUUACUAGCUUGUGGUCCAACUGAAUAGAAACUAGGAUUCCGGGCCACAAGUAAUAGUAACCCUAACACUCGAUUCACAAACCAAAUGUUGAUAUUUCUUUCUAAGUAAUACAUUUCAAUAAGGAAGGCAUAAACACGUACCAUACCCGGACGAAAUCGACUCAGCCGCGUGUGUUGACACUCAGAGAAAAAAAAACAAUUCGCGUGAUAGUUGCACUGAUCGGACGUGUGCGAUUAAUACAAUACACCGAAUCCAGUAAAGCAUUUCCCAGCUACUGCUAGUAGGGAUGGAUCUUGCUAGCAAGAGAUGAAGCAUCGAGUAGCAAAUCUAAAGCGAAAAAGAACAGUUUUUUAAAGUAGCCUUAACGUUUGCAUUGUAAAAAUAUAACAAAAAAUAACAUUAAAAUCCUAAUAAGUGAUGAUGUAAGCAUAACGUUACGAUAAAAAAAUAGCCACUGUGAGCCAGAUAAAUAAAAAAACCCACACUAAAGUCACAAAGCAUAUAAAUAUUUAUUGAUUAAAACAAAGCAUUCAAACGUUGAACGCAAAGCAUUAACAAAUAAUGGUGUAUAAAAAACCUAACACAUCGACCUUUUUUUAUUUUUAGCUGAAACAAACAAAAUUAAACAAAACACUAAACAAAAUGAAUUAGCUGUUAAAAAAUCUCAAAUUUUAAAAGCAUAUACACCAUUUUUAACACAUUUAUUAAGUAGUUUGUAGCGCUAGGAGAGAAAAUAAAAACAUUGCAAGUGAGCAUAAAUGCUACGGGAAAAACGAUGUUACGUUAAGAUGGUCAGCUCUCAACCUUGAACAACAUAAGCAGAUAGAACACGAAAACAUCUAUCAAAAGGAUAUAAAACUUGAUCAUGCGUUUGCUCCUAAAUCUUCAUGUCGAUAAUUGUUGCAAGUGUGGUGUAUAAGCUAUAAUGUAAGUUGUUAUCCCUUUAUCCUGUUUCAACCAGCUGUUCAGUUGUAUAACCUUAAACAGUUACUUCCUUCGACCGUGAACAAGCAGACUUCGUGCUCUUGUUUGUGGUGCAAGUCUAUGUGAUUGGUGUUUGCGAAAAAGAUUGAAAAUUAACAAAACACACUACACCAUUGAAGCUAACAGUUGCGCAAACUGCAAUCGUCAACGAUUUUAACCAACUUCGAAUUUCUAGCUUACUCGUGUUACCAAACAUCGUGUUAUUACGCCAAUUGGGACUGUUUCUUCACCAUUUACUCCCUAACCUAACCUACCUUACAAACCUACCUAACGAUCGUUAUACUCUAUAUCUCUACAUACAUUACAUAACUAUCUUUAUACACACCUAUACCCCGUUUUCCGAGUUAAACUUCUUCUGACAAACAUUAGCAUAGCAAACACCAUCUGUAACUGUUAUUGGGCGAUGGAUGGCAAAGAAACGACAACUGACAUUCAAGCAACACCACUGUAAAACCAAAACCAUAGCACUAGUUCACAUUGAUAUAGUAAAACAUUAGUCCCAUACAAAAAAAUACCAACAUCAUCUCCUAACAAGUCCUCAUGAAUGUGAAGGAAGAUGGAGGACAUCCAACAUAAAAUAGAGGGAAAAAACCAUAUUUAUAUACACCCAGCGCAUCAAACGAUCGCACCAAAGGUGAUUUCUGAAAAGUGCAUCAUCAUAUUCAUCAUCCCCCAAACAGCUCUACCCAAAAUGCUCCGUAUGCAAAGCGUAGGCGCCAAUCAAACUAAACGGUCCAUUAAACGGAAAAGGUAGACGAACGCCCACUUACCCGUGUGAAUCGAAUGCCAAAACGAAACAAGCAUAACGAAGCGGAAUAGCAUAAACAUUACACUCGAGCAAGCUCCCUCCCUCCCUAACUUAAUGCCGAUGAAGGAAUCAAAAUGACCAAUUUCUAACGACGGAACACUGUAGCGAUUGUAGUAGAAGCAGAAGUAGGAAGAAACGUUUGAUAAAUAUACAUCUAUGUAUAGCGUAACUUUUGGAUUCAAAUAUUUGCCUUUUAUUCUGAUUGGUAGCGAAAUUUCUCUUUCUUUCCUUUUUAUUACGACCUCACUCUGCAUUAGGUUUAGUGCGUACUAGUUUAGUUACCUGUCGCGCUAAAUAGUGCGCCAGAGGGACCGAUGGUUGCGUAGUUUGUUCAUUCACGUUUACAGGAGUUUUGAACAUUAAAAAAAACAAUGGUUUUGUGGGCUGCCGUGUUAUCUGUUUCCGAAACUGCAGCAACGACACGCACACAAAACUACAACCAAAACAUCCGUAGGAUCGUUAGAAACGUUAAUACUAAAUGGCGGUUAACUGACUUGCGAAAGUUUGAAACCCCGAUUGAGUCAGAGUCGGAAAGCAAUGUAAACUACUCAACUCCAAAAAGUGGUAGCAAUGCUGCAUACCGUUACACUCGAAGAUGGAUUCAAAUAUAGCAACAACAAAAUAAAGACAGUUCUAGGUAAUAGUAUAUUAAACAAUAAAAAAAAUCAAGCAAAAACCAGUUCGUAAACCAAAUCACACUUGCAUAAAUGUAGAUUUAGUGUCCAAAAAAAAAUCCAGUCUAAUUAAAGCCUAAAUAACAGCAACAUAAAAUCCAACGCAUUAUCGAUAGAUACUAGGUGAUGGUGAUUGUUUCAUAUUUCUUAUGUUUUUAUUUCAGUUUCAACUGAAUACACUGUAGCACUUUAAUUGAUAACGGUUAACAGUACGUACUAGAGGAAAGUGUCAAACACUGUUUAAUAAUAAAAUAGUCACAUUUAUCUAAAGGAGGUAGGAAUCAAACAUACCAUCCCCCAUCCAAAAUAGUAGUUGUACAAUGAAAAGAAAAAUCUACCACUCAUAAACAACAGCAGAUGCAGCAGCAAUAGCGGCAAACUUAAAAAUAUAUCAAUAAAAGUAGAACAAAAAAACAGAAACACAAACGCGAUGAAGAAAUGACAAAACAUCGAUCGAUCCAUCAAUACUCAUAGUAGUGAAGUUAGGUGUCUUAUUUUCAUGAGUUGGCUUAAGUUUCUAGAUUCUAUUCACGUUCUUUCUUCUUUCGUUGUCAGAUUCUAGUGAGAAUAUAUUUAAUGAUCUUUAUUGCCUACUGUAUAUAUUGUUAAAUAGUUCUAAUAAAAAGAAAACUAAAUAAAUUAUUACAAAAUUUAAA